AUGACUCAAAGUAACAUGACUCAAAGUAACACGACUCAAAGUAACAGAACUCAAAGUAACAUGACUCAAUGUAACAUGACCCAAAGUAACAUUACUCAAAGUAACAUGACUCAAAGUAACAUGACUCAAAGUAACAUGACUCAAGGUAACAUGAAUCAAAGUAACAUAACACAAAGUAACAUGACUCAAAGUAACAUGACUCAAAGUAACAUGACACAAAGUAACAUGACUCAAAGUAACAUGACACAAAGUAACAUGACUCAAAGUAACAUGACUCAAAGUAACAUGACUCAAAGUAACAUGACUCAAAGUAACAUGACACAAAGUAACAUGACUCAAAGUAACAUGACACAAAGUAACAUGACUCAAAGUAACAUGACACAAAGUAACAUGACUCAAAGUAAAAUGACACAAAGUAACAUGACUCAAAGUAAUAUGACUCAAAGUAACAUAACAGAAAGUAACAUGACUCUAAGUAACAUGACACAAAGUAACAUCACUCAAAGUAACAUGAUACAAAGUAACAUGACACAAAGUAACAUGAAACAAAGUAACAUGACACAAAGUAACAUGACUAACACGUAG